AUGGCGGCGGAGCGGAGUCGCUCCCCGAUGGACUCGCCGGUGCCGGCCUCUAUGUUUGCCCCGGAGCCCAGCUCCCCGGGGGCGGUCAGGGCCGCGGCGGCCGCCGCCCGCCUCCACAGCGGCUUCGAGUCGGACUGCAGCGAGGACGGCGAGGCGCUCAACGGUGAGCCGGAGCUGGACCUCACCAGCAAGCUGGUUCUAGUGAGCCCUACAUCAGAGCAGUAUGACAGCCUACUUCGGCAGAUGUGGGAGAGGAUGGACGAGGGAUGCGGAGAGACCAUAUAUGUCAUUGGGCAGGGAUCAGAUGGGUCUGAGUAUGGGCUGAGUGAAGCUGACAUGGAGGCCUCCUACGCCACUGUGAAGAGCAUGGCGGAACAGAUAGAAGCUGAUGUCAUCCUCCUGCGGGAGCGUCAGGAAGCUGGUGGCCGUGUGCGUGAUUAUCUGGUCCGAAAACGAGUAGGAGACAAUGACUUCCUGGAGGUCAGGGUAGCAGUCGUGGGCAACGUGGAUGCCGGUAAAAGCACGCUCCUGGGGGUCCUGACACAUGGGGAACUGGACAAUGGCCGUGGCUUUGCCCGCCAGAAGCUUUUCCGCCACAAACAUGAGAUUGAAUCUGGUCGCACCAGCAGUGUGGGCAAUGACAUUCUGGGUUUUGACAGUGAAGGCAAUGUGGUGAACAAGCCUGACAGCCACGGUGGCAGCCUGGAGUGGACAAAGAUCUGUGAGAAAUCCACUAAGGUGAUCACCUUCAUUGACUUGGCUGGCCAUGAGAAGUACCUGAAGACCACUGUGUUUGGCAUGACUGGCCACUUGCCUGACUUCUGCAUGCUCAUGGUGGGCAGCAAUGCUGGCAUUGUGGGAAUGACCAAGGAGCAUCUGGGCUUGGCAUUGGCACUCAAUGUACCCGUCUUUGUGGUAGUCACCAAAAUUGACAUGUGUCCUGCCAACAUCCUACAAGAAACCCUGAAGCUAUUGCAGCGCCUGCUGAAGUCACCAGGCUGCCGGAAGAUCCCUGUGCUAGUGCAGAGCAAGGAUGACGUGAUUGUUACUGCCUCCAACUUCAGCUCUGAGAGGAUGUGCCCGAUAUUCCAGAUCUCCAACGUUACAGGUGAGAACCUGGAUCUCCUGAAGAUGUUCCUCAACCUCCUGUCCCCUCGAACCAGCUACAGGGAGGAGGAGCCUGCUGAGUUCCAGAUUGAUGACACAUACUCUGUUCCGGGUGUGGGGACAGUGGUGUCAGGGACAACACUGAGGGGUCUGAUUAAGCUGAAUGACACGCUGUUGCUGGGCCCAGAUCCCCUGGGCAACUUCCUCUCCAUUGCGGUCAAGUCGAUUCAUCGCAAGCGCAUGCCUGUCAAGGAGGUGCGGGGGGGCCAGACAGCCUCCUUUGCACUGAAGAAGAUCAAGCGCUCAUCCAUCCGGAAGGGCAUGGUGAUGGUUUCCCCACGCUUGAAUCCCCAAGCCUCCUGGGAAUUUGAGGCCGAGAUUCUUGUACUCCACCAUCCUACUACGAUUAGCCCACGCUACCAGGCCAUGGUGCACUGUGGGAGCAUCAGGCAGACAGCCACCAUACUGAGCAUGGACAAGGACUGCCUGCGCACUGGGGACAAAGCCACUGUCCACUUCCGCUUCAUUAAGACUCCUGAGUACCUACACAUAGACCAGCGGCUGGUGUUCCGGGAAGGCCGUACCAAGGCCGUGGGCACCAUCACCAAGCUCCUCCAGACCACCAACAACUCGCCAAUGAACUCCAAGCCCCAGCAGAUUAAAAUGCAGUCAACAAAAAAAGGACCUCUGACCAAACGAGAAGAAGGGGGCCCAUCUGGUGGGCCGGCAGUAGGGGCAGCCCUGCCUGGAGAUGAGGCUUCCUCUCUAGCCACGGGGCAGCCAGCCGCAGCCAGCAGUCUCCAGCCACAGCCCAAGCCCGGCAGUGGGGGUCGGCGACGAGGGGGCCAGCGCCACAAGGUGAAGUCCCAGGGGGCCUGUGUGACUCCUGCCAGCGGCUGUUGAAUCUUCCCUGGCUCAUUCCUACCACCCAGGGAUUCUCACUCUCUGGCCACUGCUCACCAGCUGGGCACAGCAGCUCUGAUCGCCACCCGCCCACCCCAGGCCCCAGCCAGAGCCUCCUCGCUGCCCACCCCUGUUUUCCAGGGGGUUGUAAUUUAUAAGCUGAGGAAGGCGGCCAGGCUUCCCGAGGACUGACCGUCUCCUGCCCCUCCCUGCCUCCUUCCUCACUCAUGCGUCUUUUGUACAUCUGGCCCUUAGUUUUUAUUCUUUUUAUUAUAUCUCUCAGUGAUUGUGUGUGUGUGUGUGUGUGUGUGUGUGUGAGUGUGCGUGUGUGUGUUUUGCAGGAGUGAGGCCCACCAGGGCCCUGUCAGUCUCUCCCCUUUUCUCCUCCGUGGCUGGCCACCAGCCUCCAGGAGCUGGCUGCCCGACUAACCAUCUGUCCCUCCAUCCACGUGUCUGUCUUGGUGAGAGCCUCAGAGCCUUUAGGGGAUGGCAGGAGCCACGGAGCCACCGCAGCCUCAGCUCACUGCUCCUCUGGGCACUGGCAGCCUCUCCACCAGACUGACCUCAGGGCAGGGGCUUCUGGGAUUUGGUGUCUUCCAUUGCCAGAGCAGGGCAUCCUCAAUCCUGGGGAUUUUAACAGGGAGAAAGUAGUGGUUUCCCUUUUCUGUCCGUCUUUUUCCCCUUAAGCCCUCAAACAGGUAAUGACAAAAACUCUUCAGUCAUACCUGUGACGUGUGGAAGGAAUGGCGACUGGACUGUAGGACUCUCCCCUAACUCUGGCCCUUGCCGUGGAUCCAAAGACCUGGUGGCUUCCCCUUGGAGACAAUCCUGUGCUUGCCUGGGCUGGCCCUGCUGUUCCUGGCUUUUGCCAGUCUGCCCAGUCUGGAGGGUCUCUUGCCCACGAGCCACCUCCUGCUUGGACUUUGGCCUUUGGGCACUGGUACAAGGCUGGGUCUGGACCUGCUCAGGAUCCUAUUUUCUAGCGCCGCCUGUUGUUGGGGAAAGGGGCAUUGCUGUAAGUGGGACUAGGACUGGAACUCCCCCUUCCCGCCGGCCGUGUCUACCCAGCAGGGCAGCUCCUGGAGCACAGCAGUGAAGGGCUUGAGCCCCAGGGUUUGAACCCCAGUUAGGGCACAGGGAGGGCGUGUGGGGCAGUGAGAAGGACUGUCAGGCCCAGCACAGAGCAUUUAGCCCUUAUGAAGCAUUGGGAAGUAAGGCUGCCCAGACCAGACAGUGACAUGGCCCCGUCCUGCCAGGACUGAGCUGUUCUAUAGCCCUUCAUUUAGGGUAAGAGGGACAAGGGGUCUUUUCUAKCCAGGGCAGACACCCGGUGGGCUAGGUCCUUCAGCCUUGCCUCUUUCCUGUCCCCAGCCCUCUCCUGUCCUUUCCUCCCUCCUAGCUGUUUCUAGUUACCACUGCCCCGUGGCCCUGGACUGACCAGACCAGCAUUCACAAUAAAAGUUUGU